CUCGAUACCCAAAUUACUGGCGAUACCAUUGUACUAGUUUUGCGUGGUAGCCAUUUUAAUUUUUGGCGUCGAAAAAACUACGGCGAGCGAUUUUCGCAUAUCCUGUAGUUUUGUUUAAUUGCAUUUAACGCAAGUCAGUUUUGCUCGUGGAGGCAGUAGUAGCUCAGCUCGUGUGUGAUUGUCGGACUAUACGAAACGUGUGGUUAAAACAUUUCUGCACCGUUUUUCUAAUUAACUCAAGUACAGUACAAUGUCGAUGUCUGCCACGUGCUACAAGUGCAACCGGCCGGGUCACUUUGCCCGAGACUGCAGUCUCGGCGGAGGACCAGGAGGCGGCGGACCCGGUGGCGGCGGUGGCAUGCGUGAUGGCGGUGGCGGCGGCAUGCGUCGUAAUCGUGAAAAGUGCUACAAAUGCAAUCAAUUUGGGCACUUUGCACGCGCGUGCCCCGAAGAGGCGGAGCGCUGCUAUCGGUGCAACGGCGUAGGCCACAUUUCUAAGGACUGCACUCAAGCCGACAAUCCGACGUGCUACAGGUGCAACAAGCCCGGACAUUGGGUGCGCAACUGCCCCGAUGCGGUUAAUGAGCGCGGCAACGGGCCAGCAAACGUUUCAUGCUAUAAGUGCAACCGCACCGGACACAUCUCUAAGAACUGCCCGGAGACAUCAAAGACUUGCUACGGAUGCGGCAAGAGCGGUCAUCUGAGACGUGAAUGCGACGAGAAGGGUGGACGGAACUAGAGGAGAGCGGAGUGAGAACUCUCUGAGAAAUCAACGAAAAUGUUUUGUCAAAUAAAAAAAAAUGAAAAGAAAAAAAUAAUUAAUG